CUUUAAUUUCUUAUAUAUAUAAAAGAAUUUACGGUGUCUCUGUGCUGUAAUUUAUUUAUUAUACCCAUCUCUAAAACCAAAUGAUUAUAUGCGUGUGUUUUAUUUUACAUUUAAAGAUCGCAAACAAAUUGUAAUAUGAAUCCCUCUCAAAAUGUAAAUAUGGAGCCAGCGCUGGUGCCGGAUGCUGGGCAACUUCAAACUCAAUAUACUGCAUUUCAAAACUAUGAGCAAUAUACCACCGGGUAUCCGAAUGCGCCUAUUUACAUCACAAAGCCACAAGGCAUUGGAGCCAUACAACGUGUUGGCCCUCAUUGUUCGGUUAUUGGAUCUCAAACUCAAAUUGAAACCACUUCCCAGGAUAUAAGUUUACCCGGUAUUGAAAAUCACACGAUGGCUCCAGCAGUGAGAUAUAUACAAGCUGCCCAAUUUGAUGAAGUACCAGAUUAUGGUAUAUCUGGAUUGCCGUCAUGCGCUGUAGAGCCUCAUUAUACGGAUGAAUCAAUUGUUCCGUACGGGUAUACAACAGAAGCUAGUUAUGGAUUGCCAAGUGUGAGUGGAAAUAUGAAGCCAUAUGCUGCGAGGCCGUUCGACGACAACCUAAACGGGUCGGAGGUUGCCGGUGAUGCUCAUUGCAUGCCGUUCGAUGGGCAAGGCGAUUUUAAAUUGCCCCAAUUUCCCAUUAACUCAUUAAGCGCUGUGCCUUCAAGAAUCGGUGAAAAAGACGAAUUUAUUGGAGGAUCUGACAGUGAUAUUUGUUCAACAAUGAGGUGGCGAGAUCCAAAUCUGUCGGAAGUUAUAAGCUUUCUUAGCAAUCCAAACAAUGCUAUAAAAGCAAAUGCUGCGGCAUAUCUACAGCAUUUGUGUUAUAUGGAUGAUCCAAAUAAACAACGUACUAGAACAUUAGGAGGAAUUCCACCCCUUAUCCGUUUGCUAUCAUAUGAUGCUCCAGAAAUUCAUAAAAAUGCGUGUGGAGCUUUGCGUAAUUUAUCCUACGGCAGGCAGAAUGACGAAAAUAAACGGGCAAUUAAAAAUGCAGGUGGGAUAACAGCAUUAGUUAAUCUGCUUUGUCGGUCUCAGGAAUCAGAAGUGAAGGAGUUAGUUACUGGAGUUUUGUGGAAUAUGUCCUCUUGUGAAGACAUAAAACGUUCAAUUAUCGAUGAAGCUCUAUCUGCAAUAGUUUGUAACAUUAUAAAGCCACAUUCCGGUUGGGAUCCUGCCUGCUGUGGGGAGACAUGUUUCUCGACCGUUUUCCGAAACGCUUCCGGCGUAUUGCGUAACGUCAGCUCAGCUGGAGAACACGCGCGAGGAUGUUUACGCAACUGCGAACAUUUAGUUGAAUGCUUGCUUUACGUAGUAAGAACCGCUAUUGAGAAAAACAAUAUCGGUAACAAGACGGUAGAGAACUGCGUUUGCGUACUUCGAAAUUUAUCGUACAGAUGCCAAGAAGUUGAAGAUCCAAAUUACGAUAAGCAGCCUUUCAUAGCUCAAGAAAGAGUUAUACCGUCAUCUUCAAAAGGUGAAAAUUUGGGUUGUUUUGGCACAAGUAAAAAGAAGAAGGAAUUAGCUCAAAAUGAGGUUCAACAGGACUACAUUUUUUCUACUGAGUAUUCUAAAAGUUUAAGAACAAAUCAUCAGUCAAACAAGGGAUAUGAGCAAUUAUGGCAGCCUGAAGUGGUUCAGUAUUAUUUGUCUUUAUUGCAGAGUUGCUCCAAUCCCGAAACCCUAGAAGCCGCUGCAGGAGCAAUUCAAAAUUUGUCGGCUUGCUAUUGGCAGCCCAGCAUUGAUAUUCGCGCAACAGUACGUAAAGAGAAAGGCCUACCUAUUCUAGUAGAGCUUUUGCGGAUGGAAGUGGAUCGCGUCGUAUGCGCUGUUGCUACAGCAUUGCGUAAUCUCGCUAUUGACCAGCGAAAUAAGGAGCUGAUUGGCAAAUAUGCCAUGCGGGAUUUAGUCCAAAAACUACCUUCGGGCAACGUACAACAUGAUCAAAAUACAUCUGACGACACCAUCACGGCCGUAUUGGCAACCAUAAACGAAGUCAUUAAGAAAAACCCCGAGUUCUCUCGGUCGCUUUUGGAUGCUGGAGGUGUAGACCGUCUUAUGAAUAUUACUAAGCGAAAGGAAAAAUAUACCACUUGUGUAAUUAAAUUUGCCAGUCAGGUUUUGUACACAAUGUGGCAGCAUCACGAGCUCCGUGAUGUGUACAAGAAAAAUGGAUGGAAGGAGCAAGACUUCGUAAAUAAAAACUUUACAGCGCACAACACCCCACCAAGCUCUCCAAAUAAUGCAAACAAUACCCUUAAUAGACCAAUGGCGUCUCAAGGUCGGACUCGAUAUGAAGAUAGAACAAUUCAGCGCGUUCCAAAUGCCUCAUAUAGGAAUAAGGAUUCAACUGGAGCCGUAAUGUCUAACAACGAGUCUGCAAUUCUGUCAGAAAUGGUGCGGAAACAAUUAUAAGGUGUAAAUUUCAUACAUUUUUUGGUUUGUUAAUAAUUUUAUUAGGAGUAGGUACACAUAAAGUAUUUAAUUAUCAUAUAUGUAUUACUCAGCAAGUUCUAUAGACACUUACAAUUCAGCGUUUAUUAUUAUUUUCAAAAAGCUAAGAUUUUUACAGCAUUGAUUAGAAGUAACUUGAAAUCAGAUCGAUUAAAUGGUUUGUGUAAGCAUCAAACUAUUCAUUUCCAACGUAGUGUCGCUUUUAUGCGACUACGAGUAUAUUACAUAAUAAAUUAAGAAAAAUAUGACAUUAA